AUGCCACUGCUUGCAUUCGGCUCAAACGGAUCCGGCCAAUUAGGCAUUGGGCACAUUGAAGAUGUCUCUGUCCCAACAAGAUGUUUGUUUGACGAGCAAGAACAGAAAUCUUCAUCUUUAGGUGAUGGCGAUAAAUCACCAAAUGAUGUUCUACGUAUUACCGCAGGAGGGAACCACACACUUAUAUUGUUCGCUGAUAGAACCGUGUACGCCACAGGGUGUAACGAGGAUGGGAGAUGCGGCCAAAACACGUCCCACAGAUCACUGCUCAGAUUUCGGCGGGUGAUUAUCGAUGACACCUCGACUGGGCAUUCGUAUGAUACUUUCAAGGACGUCUCAGCAACGUGGGAGGGCACGUUUCUAGUCCCAUUCCGCGGUGCAGAUGAAGCCGACGCUGUGUUUGUGCUUGGAUCAGGAGCGAAGGGGGAACUGGGACUCGGUCCGGGAUGCGUACAGACCACUGUGCCGAAGAGGAUUCCGGAUUUCCCCCCACCAGGGGCGAAGAUUGUGUCGAUUUCGAGCGGCAUGGGACAUACCAUUGCUGUUCUCUCAAGUGGGGAGGUGUAUGGGUGGGGUGGGGCAAGGAAAGGUCAACUUGGAGACUCUGCCGCGGAACAUAAAAUUGUAUGGACGCCGUUGAAGAUAAACAAUGUGCCUUUCUACGCAACGGGGGCUACUUGUGGUCGUGAAUUUACGGUUGUGACUGGAAAUCAAGCCAUAGGAGAAAUUGCUGUUCUUGGGGCAUUUGGGGACAGGUGGAAUAUUCUGUCUGGUAUUCCUCCUGCAGGAGAUUUCUUGAUGGGGUAUCGUGGUGUAUUUGCUAGUUGGCAUGGCAUCUAUGUACAUCAGAGAGAUUCUUCUGUUGUCUCUUGGGGUCGAAAUGAUCGCGGUCAGCUUCCCCCUGCCGAUCUACCGAAAUCUAGGAGAAUCGCUGUUGGAAGUGAACACGCGCUUGCUCUUCUGGGCGAUCGGAGUGUUGUGGCUUUUGGCUGGGGAGAACAUGGCAAUUGCGGUCCUAGUACCGACACACAAGGAAAUGUUAAAGGGGAAUACAGACAGAUCCCAUUGCCAGGUGAAGGGGAUGCCGCAGUAGUUGAGAUCGGCGCAGGUUGUGCGACCAGUUGGAUCAUUACCAGCAGGUGA